GGCCGCUCCAGGAACGCAGGCUUCCCCUAAGAACCUCCAAGGAAGCAGAAGGAGGCUCCACCCUGCGCUCCGGAUAGUGUCCCCAGAAAGCUUGCACCCGAGAAAGCACUCAUCUCUUGGGAAACAAGCUUUUUUUUUUCGCUGCAAGAAGCGGAAGACCUGGGGGAGGACUCGAGGGGUGAGGGGUGUGCGCAGGGGGCCCCAAGGGUUCCCGCAGGCUGCAGUUGCGGCGGACACUCGGACGCUUCUGAGCACCGCCUGGGACGCGGAGGUAGCGGACGCCGGGUGGGGAGGCUGCCCCUCGGUUCCGCCCUCUUCCCCCACCGCCCGACGGCCGGUUGGGCUAUGUUCAGCGGCUUGGGCUCCGCGGUCCAGCCCCCCGCUCUGGGGCUCCGGAAGACCGCACCGCGGAGCCUCAGCUGCCUCUCGGACCUGGACAGUGGUGCAGCUCGGGAGCCGCGGCUCUGCCGGCCCCCCGGAAGCCCGGGCCGCGCGCCGCCGCCACCGCCCGCGCCGUCAGGCUGCGAUCCCCGCCUGCGGCCCAUCAUCCUGCGGCGGGCGCGCUCGCUGCCCAGCUCUCCCGAACGCCGCCAGAAGGCCACCGGCGCUCCGCGCGCUGCUUGCCGACCGGGCUGGAGCCAGCAGCAUCGCGUGCGCUUCGCCGACGCGCUGGGCCUGGAGCUGACGCAGGUCAAGGUGUUCAACGCCGGCGACGACCCGUCGGUGCCACUGCACGUGCUGUCGCGGCUAGCCAUCAACUCGGAUUUAUGCUGCAGCGGUCAGGACCUAGAGUUCACCCUUCAGUGCCUGGUGCCCGACUUCCUGCCACCCAUCGAGGCCGCCAACUUCGGUGAGCGUCUGGCGCGGCAGCUCGUGUGCCUGGAGCGCGUCACCUGCUCAGACCUGGGCAUCAGCGGCACGGUGCGCGUGCGCAACGUGGCCUUCGAGAAGCAGGUGGUUGUGCGCUACACCUUCUCCAGCUGGCGCAGCACCCACGAGGCCGUGGCGAAGUGGCGGGGACCGGCAGGUUCCGAGGGCACCGAGGACGUCUUCGCCUUUGGCUUCCCAGUGCCGCCGUACAUACUGGCGCUUGGCUCCUGCGUGAACUUCGCGCUGCGCUACCGAGUGGCCGGCGCCACGUACUGGGACAACAACGACGGCCGCAACUACAGCCUCACGUGCCGCAACCACGCCCUGCACAUGCCCCGCGGGGAGUGCGAAGAGAGCUGGAUCCACUUCAUCUGAGCGGCGGGGCCAGGGGCUUCUGCACCCAGGCCCCACCUGUAGUCACUUCCCAGCUGGGCUGUCCCAGAAGAGGUGGUUGCGCUUUCCUACACCCCACCCCCAAACCUAAGUCGUCUGACCUCACGUCCCGCUGCGAGAAACCCUGGCAGUGGCCAUCCUGUCAUCUACUUGAAAGUCUGUGUCACUUGGUGUAAAAAGUAACCUCAGGUGUCCAGAAAGCUUGUGUGUAUGCAACGUGCUAGGGGAGGGUGCGGGGUGGGUAGGUGUAUGUGAGGGUUGGGACCUCUGGACAGGACCCAGCAGGGUUUUGUUCUGUUUUGUCGGAAAGGCCUGCAUCCUCCUGCUAGUAAGGCCUGUGGUUUUUGCAUGUGUCUUGAUUGGGUCUCUGUAAAUGCGGUCGUGAGUUAUUGUUGUGAUGCUGGGACCUUUGAUGCUCAGUGAAUGCUUUCUUAGGAACAUUCUGGAUUUAAUACGCAAAAAAAUAAUCAGUCAUGUGCAUUUGUGCCCACUGUAAACAGAAUGUAUGGUGUGACCCCCAUCAUGGUCCCUUGAGGCAUUCCGGCCCUGGGACAAGGAAAACCUGAGACCAUGUUUGCUUGCCAAUGUAUGUGGACUACUCGCAGUGGGAAACUAUUAAUAGGCAAGAAAGUUAUGUCUCCUCAGUCAUCGCACAAUCAUUCCUAGGAGUUCAGCUGCUCUGGUUAGGCUGUGUGUCUCCUACAUCACAGCUGAGAAAGAGGGAAAGCUUAAAACUUUUAAUAGCAAAACAGCGCUUUCUGUGAGUUUCUCCUCUCCAUGUAUUUCUUUUGUAUGUGUUUGGUAAUUAGUAUCUGCAUGUUAUCAGGACAUUCUGUUUAGGUUUGAAACUACCUAAACAUUUUGAGAAAUUCUGCCUUACGUUAUUUCAAUUUUCAGGCAACUCGAUAGAAUUUCAGGCAACUAUGCCCUUUUAAUUACCUUUUUGAUGAUUGAGAUGACUCUUGUUGUCUUCUUUAAGCAUCAGAAGAUUCCAGCAGUCAAGCUACCAAGUGGAACUAGAAGGUGUUUUCAGCAAUAACCAGAGCACUGGAGGAAAAUAAUUCACAGAUAUUUAUACUUUUGUAUUGUUUUAAAUUGUAUUUAUAGAUGCCUGGAUUUAUCAGCCACGUGCCAACUUUAUUCUUUGUGCCUUCAGAUAGGACCAUUUCUAACAUUGUCUGGACUUGCUUUCCAGUUUUAAAGUGUUAAAUACUUUUCAUUUAAACUCCAACCCAGAAUUCAAGGCUGUUGUCCCCUGCAGAGUUCCACAACCACUUAAAACUCUCAGGGAGGGGCUGGUGAUUUCUUUUGGUGCUGAGUGGUGGUCUCCCAGACAGCAGGUGCUAGCAGUGAGGUGGAAAAACCCAAUCAACAUGGACAAGGCCUCUAAUUUGUGAAGUCAAAUUAUGAUCCAGUUGAAACCAGUGUGGUUAAUUUUGUGACAGCUGUCAACAGUGAAUUAACUCUAAAUUUUUGAAUGCUUGUUGACAUUUAUCACGUCAAUAUGUAAAAGAUGAGUUUUGUAUUUUAACCAAUUUGUUCUUUACAAUGACAACUUUUGUGUUUUUAAAAUUCCAAGAAGCGGGAGGCUUUCCGAUGUAGAGGGACUACCCUCUGGUCGAAGAACACUGAAUUUUGAUUUAAAACAUUGGGAUUAAAUUGAACAACUUUUGGCUGUUAGCACUGUGUACUACAUUGACAUGCAAGAGAGAGAGAAGCCUGGUUGCAUUUCCUGUUGUUUAACAAACUGUCCAAUUAGGUCAGCAAGCCUGGGAGGGCCUUGGCUGCUAUGCCCUUGGCCGCUAUGCCCUUGGCCCUAGCCCAGAAUGCAAGACAAUUGUCCAGAGUACUCACGUAUAAGAUUUAGAGCUGCCAAAUGUAUUGUAUAAAGGCAUGUAGGGAAUCUUAUAACCCAUGUGAAAGUCACUUGCCAAAAAUGUUCUGCUCAUAGAAUAUAAAGUAAGUGUUAUAUCUUUGAUAUGAGAACCUCAACGUGCCUUUUAAAAAAUACCAACGUGUUAACAUUUAAAAGCUUAGAUGUACUGGCCUGGUUGUUAAAGUUCAGCUAAGGAGAACUUUCAGACCCUAAAACACAGUUAUAUUGCUUAGAUGUUAAAAUUUUGUAUUGGAUUGUGCAAUUGUUAGAUUGUCUCCCCAAACAUAUUUUAAUGUCUGUCAUUUAAGAUGAUUUCACCCAAGCCUAAAUAUUAAAGUAUAUGUG